AAGCAGAAAUCUGACCUCCGUGGGAUGAAUCCCACUGGGAUCAGAGCUGCCGGCUCAGUUGGGAAGUGCUUGGGGGGAUGCAGAGCCAUUAAAGAGUUAGGAGAUUGUGGUUCAAAGUGAUGGGGAGGGACAAGGAAGGAGGAUGAGGAUGCUGGUGGCUCUUAUUGGAUGGGCUUGGAGUCUUGGAUUGGCCACCUGGGGACUGAGAGCAGCUCCGUGUUGGGUGGGAUGAUGGAAAGCUUGGAAAAACAUGGAAUAACCAGGAAACACAGAUCCUGCAGUGUGGAGAUGGUGCUACAGGAGUGGGUUAAAUGCACUGGAAGGGCUCAAACAAACCUUCCUCCCCAGCUCUGUGAGCACAUCCGUGUCCAGCUUGAGCAUCCCCAGCAGCAUCCUGGUGUGAGGGAUGCUCCUUGCAUCCCAUUGGGAAGCGCAGGGCUGGAUUUGCAGUUCUGUUUCUGGCUGGAGAAGGAAACCCCCCUGGUUUUGUUCAUUUGGUUUCUCUUUCAGGUUUGUUCUUACUUGCUUUGCACAUCCCUCACCACAGAGCAGAAACACUGCCCAAGGAGCAGCCAAACCGGCUCCUUCCCAUCUCGGAUCCCUUUCCCACCCCCUCCAAUUCCCACUUUGCUCAAUCUCUGGCCUUUUGUGGCUUUUUCCCGUUCAAAAAUCCAUGCUGAAAUCCAACCUGGAAAGGUCCCGCAGUGAAGGAGCAGCAUGGGAACGCUGCCUUUCCCAUGGGAAAACCCAACGUGGGAGCCACAACCCACAAAGGCUUUUCCAGAAAGGGAUCCAAAGCUGGAUCUUGCUUCUCAUGAGGAACAUGCUCCAGUGUAAGGUGCCCCUGAAAGGCUGGAACUGGAGGAGCUUUAACCCAUUCCAUGGUUCUAUGCUUGGAGCAUCCCAAUGCGAUGAAGCCUGAUGGGAAUUGCACCAUGACCAUGCUGAGGCUGAAGGUGUGAGUGAGCAGAGCCCCGUGCUCGGCUCUUGGAUGCAUCACGUCAUUUCCCAGCUUUCAUAGACGGAAGUAAAACUUGGACAUGAAGGAAUUCCAGCUGGGAAAUAAGGCUCUUCCCUUAACAAUGCCCUGUGCCUGCGCAGAUGACAGCAGCAUUCCUGCGGAAGUCUCCGGAGCAGACAUUGUUCCCUGUUUCCAGUGCAGGAGAUGAGAAGAUGGAUGAAGGAAACCUAAACCCCUCCAUUCCCCCAUGGCACCAGCUGCCGUGGGCUUCCCAGUGCUCCCGAGAGUCGUCUCCGCUGCCGAAUUCCCAAACUUCCUGACAGCAGCCCCGGCCCUGCCUCCGCUUCCGACGCCACCAGCGCCGGCCCCACGGCACCGUGGCCUCCGGCCAGGAUGGUGCUGCAGGCUGCGGUGCUGGCGCUGCACCUCUGCCUCCUGUCCGCGCUCCGGCCCAGCGACCCCAACGUCUGCAGCUACUGGGAGAGCUUCACGGUGGCGGUGAAGGAGUCCUACACCAAACCCCACAUCGUGUCCUCCGGCGAGCCCUGCCCCACGGUGAUGGGCACCUCAGUGCCCUGCGUGCAGCAGAGGAUCGUGCAGCGCACCGAGUACCGGCAGGCGCUGCGCACCGAGGCCCGACGGCGCUACCAGUGCUGCCAGGGCUACUACGAGAGCCGGGGGAGCUGCGUCCCGCGCUGCUCGCAGGAGUGUGUCCAUGGGCGCUGCGUGGCUCCGGAGCGGUGCCAGUGCGAGCCCGGAUGGAGAGGGGCGGAUUGCUCCAGCGGUUGUGACGAGCGCUCCUGGGGCCCCGACUGCUCUCAGCGCUGCGAGUGCCACCAGGGAGCGCCCUGCGACCCCGAGAGCGGCGCCUGCUCCUGCCCCGACGGCUUCGCUGCCCCUCGGUGCCGCGAUCCCUGCCCCGACGGCACCUACGGCCGCGGCUGCCGCCUGCGCUGCUCCUGCGCCCCCGGAGCCGCCUGCGACCCCUCCACCGGCGCCUGCCGCUGCCCCCCGGGGCUCUCCGGGCCCCUCUGCGAGGUGCCGUGCCCCGACGGGACCCCCUGCGACACCCCCUGCCCCUGCCAGAACGGGGGCCUCUGCCACCCCCCCGGCACCAGCGCCUGCGUCUGCCCGCACGGAUGGAUGGGGGAGAUCUGCUCCGUGCCGUGCCCCCCCGGGCGCUUCGGUCCCGGCUGCCAGGGCGAGUGUCAGUGCCACAACGGGGGGCAAUGUGACCCCAUGGGGGGGCAGUGCCAGUGUGCGCCCGGCUUCACCGGAGAGCAGUGCCGGGAGCGGUGCCCGGUUGGCAGCUACGGGCCCGGCUGCCGGGAGCGCUGUGACUGCGCCAACGGCGGCCGCUGCUUCCACGUGGACGGUGGGUGCCUGUGCGAGGCCGGGUUCCAGGGCAGCCGCUGCGAGGAGCGGCGCUGCCUGCCCGGGCUCUACGGGCUCCACUGCGAGAGCCGCUGCCUCUGCCACCCGCAGCACAGCCAGAGCUGCCACCCUCUGCUGGGGGACUGUGUCUGCAGCCCCGGCUGGGCCGGGCUCUUCUGCAACGAGAGCUGCGGCCCCGGCUCCUUCGGGCCCGGCUGCCUCCAGCCCUGCCUCUGCCUGCACGGGGGGGGCUGCGACGGGACCACCGGCACCUGCCGCUGCCCCCCCGGAUACAUGGACGAGCACUGCUCCUCCCUGUGCCCCCCCGACACCUUCGGCACCAACUGCUCGGGGCGCUGCUCCUGCCAGCACGCGCUGGCCUGCUCCCCCCUCGACGGCUCCUGCCUCUGCAAGGAAGGCUGGCACGGCCCCGACUGCUCCAUCCCGUGCCCCCCCGGCUCGUGGGGCCCCGGCUGCAACCGGAGCUGUGAGUGUGCCCAUGGGGCCGGCUGUGACCCCCAGAGCGGGGUCUGCCGCUGCCCCCCCGGCUGGCAGAGCCCCCGCUGCCUGCAGCCCUGCCCGAACGGGACCUUCGGGGCGGGCUGUGGGGAGCGCUGUGACUGCGCCAAUGCUGAUGGGUGCGAGCCCGAGAGCGGAGAGUGCCGGUGCCUGCCCGGCUGGACAGGCCCCCAGUGCAAGCAGAGCUGUCCCCAGGGCUUCUGGGGCCGCGGCUGCCUCUCGCCCUGCACUUGCCGCAAUGGAGCCGCUUGUUCCCCCCACGACGGCUCCUGCAGCUGCACCCCCGGGUUCCGCGGCCCCUCCUGCCAGCGCCCCUGCCCCCCCGGCCGCUAUGGGAAGCGCUGCGCCCUGAGCUGCUCCUGCGCCAACGGCUCCUCCUGCCUGCCCACCGACGGCUCCUGCCUCUGCGCCCCCGGCUUCCGCGGCCCCCGCUGCGCACAGCCCUGCCCCCCCGGCUCGUGGGGCGCUGCCUGCGCCCAGCCCUGCCUGUGCCGCAACGGGGGCUCCUGUCACCCCCCCGACGGGACCUGCCUCUGCCCGCCCGGAUGGACAGGGGCGCUGUGUGGGGAAGCCUGCCCCCCCGGCACCUUCGGGCCCCAGUGUGCACAGCUCUGCCGCUGCCCCCACAACGCCACAUGCCACCCAGCCAGCGGGACGUGUCCCUGCACCCCGGGCAGCACUGGGCCCCACUGCGGUGAUGGGACCCCCGAGCAGCCCUACACCAUCGUGCCAGCCCCCCCAGCAGCCUACAGCUCGCUGGGGGUGGUGCUCAGCCUGGUGGCCCUGGUGGCCCUGCUGGUGGCCAUGGGGGCUACGGGGCUGUGGUGCCGACACCGGCGGAAGGAGAAGGGGAGCCGGCACCUUGCUGUGGCCUAUACAGCAGGACAGACGGACACAUCGGACUACAUGGUGCCAGAUGUGCCCCCGAGCCACCACGCACACUACUACUGCAACCCCAGCUACCACACACUGUCCCAGUGCCCACUGCCAGCUCCUGGUGCCCCGGACACAGCCAGCAUCAAGGUCCCCUGCUCGCAGCUCCCUAUGGAUGGAGCCGGCAGCACCACGCUCCCCCCCGGCUGGAAGCCCCGCGGCAGCGGGGGGCAGCUGGACCGGAGCUACAGCUGCAGCUGCAGCCUGGGCAAGUAUGAAGAGCCCCUCCCGGAGGGUCCGGGGGGCAGCGGCAGCUCCGUGGGCAGCGAGAGCCCCUAUGCCACCAUCCGGGAGCCCCCCCCGGCGCCCGAGGGCAGUUACAUGGAGAUGAGGCCCCCGGUGCGCAGGGAGAUGUCCUAUGCCGAGAUCCGGCCCCUCGAGGAACCCCCCCACGAGAGCCGACCGGAGGGGGGGGACCUUGCGCCCCCCGCGCCUCCCCACAGCCAUUACGACUCCCCCAAGAACAGCCACAUCCCCAUUCACUACGAUGUGCCCCCCACCCGCCACCCCCCAUCACCCCCUGCACCGCGAGGAGCCGGGGGGCACCGGGGGGGCACCGGGGGCAUGGGGCUGAGCCAGACCCCCAGCCCCGGGGGUGCCGGUGCUCAAUAA